AUGGCUUCGAAAACCACUAGCUGUUAUAGCAUGGGUUCUGGUGAAGAUGGGCAGUUAGGAAUAGGAAGCAAUGAAGAGAAAGAAUGGGUUCGCACAAUUACAUCUCUUUCUUCAAAUGAGUUUAGCUCCGUCGUCGCUGGUAGCCGCAACUCUCUUGCCAUUUGUGAAGGCGGCAAGGAUGUCAACUCUUCUUUUGUUGCAGGUGGAAAUGAGUAUGGGCAGUGUGGUGAAGAACCUGAGUGUAAAGCUGACACUGAUAAACUUGUUAGGAGGGAUAUUGUCAUCCCACAGAGAUGUGUGCCAAAAUUAUUAGUUCGGCAGGUAGUUGCUGGUGGCGCGCACACAGUUAUUCUUACUCGGGAAGGACACGUAUGGACAUGGGGUCAACCAUGGCCUCCUGGAGACAUGUAUGUCCCCGUGGACUGA